UUGUGGGGCUGCAUGGCUCAGAUGUUCUUCCUCCACUUCUUAGGGGGCAGCGAGAUGACUCUGCUCAUAGUCAUGGCCGUGGAUCGCUACGUUGCAAUAUGCAGACCUCUGCACUACACAGCCAUCAUGAACCGCAGGGUGCUGCUGGGCUCUGUGCUGCUGUCGUGGGCGGUUGGCUUUGUGCACACCAUGAGCCAGAUGGUUUUCAUGGCCACUUUGCCCUUCUGCGGCCCCAAUGUGGUCGACAACAUAUUCUGUGACCUCCCCCUAGUGAUAAAGCUUGCCUGCACUGAGACCUAUGUGCUGGAGUUGCUGGUCAUAGCCGACAGUGGACUUCUGUCUUUCAUCUGCUUCGUGCUCUUGCUCGUUUCCUACACUGUCAUCCUGGUGACCGUGCGACGUCAAUCCUCAGGUGGACUCUCCAAGGCGCUGUCCACACUGUCUGCUCAUAUCACAGUGGUCACUCUGUUCUUCGGGCCAUGCAUCUUCAUUUAUGCUUGGCCAUUCCGUAGCUUUUCAGUGGAUAAAUUUCUUUCUGUGUUUUAUUCUGUUAUCACUCCCUUGCUGAACCCAGUUAUUUACACUCUGAGGAAUCAAGAGAUGAAAUCAGCCAUGAGCCGACUGAGGACUCAACACAUCAGCUCCAGACAGAUCUAG